GCGUGCGCGGCUGGGCGAGGGGCGGGACCGGCGUGCGGAGAAAAGCGUCCCAGGGACGGCAGCUGGCAAGGUUCACGUUGGAGUGCUUCGCGACUGCGUCGGGGAUUAUCGGGCUCAGCGUUGUUCAGUUCACAAAUGAGAGAACACAGAUCCUGACCUUUGGAAAGAGGAGAAGGAAAGAUAGGAAGGAAGAAACAGACAAGGAAGCAAGGGGUGUUAACCACAAGAGUCUUUACGUCUCAUCUGAACCGGGCCUAGGAGGAAUGACCAGACACAGUGGCAACAGAGGCGUCCGGAGCAGUGAGAGGAGCCCUGUUGGAGUCAAGGCUCUGAGGCAGGUACCCACCCGGAAGCAUGGCAACCCUACAGCUGCUCAGAGCUCCCUUGCUGUGUGUCCUGCUUUGGGUCUUUUGUGCUCCAGGUGCCAGAGCCCAUGACCACGGGGCUGAUGUCCAUCAUGGCAGCGUGGGCCUGGAUAAGAGCACAGUGCACGACCAAGAGCACAUCAUGGAACAUCUGGAAGGUGUCAUCGACCAGCCAGAGGCGGAGAUGUCCCCACAGGAACUGCAGCUCCAUUACUUCAAAAUGCAUGAUUACGACGGCAACAGUUUGCUUGACGGCCUAGAGCUCUCCAUAGCCAUCACUCACGUGCACAAGGAGGAGGGGAGUGAGCAGGCGCCAGUCAUGAGCGAGGAUGAGCUCGUCAGCAUCAUAGAUGGUGUCCUGAGGGACGAUGACAAGAACAACGACGGCUACAUCGACUACGCUGAGUUUGCAAAGUCACUGCAGUAGACCGUUGGCUCUUUCCUUUGUGCACAUGUGACCCUUGCUAAUGUGAUGGAUGUGUCUGGUAAUGCGAAACAACUUAUUUCCGUCUACUGCUCAGCACUUUGGUAAGAGCCUGUGGCAGUCUGUAAGAGUGGGGUGAGGAAGAAGCCACAUGACUGUGGAGAGAAGUGGGACAGGCCUCAGUCCCUAGAGGUGUGUUUAAGCUUGUUGGGCAAGAGCUGGAUGCGGAUCUUCGGAAGGGCGGUGGGUAUCCCGAGUUCUCAGGAAUCCGACUGUAGAAUGCCACUCUGACUUCUUGAUGUUAAUCCAUGCUACCUAAAGUAAAGACAGGCUGCUUGGCCAAGUGGACACACUUGAGAAACAGUGGAGGGAGAGUGUGAAAGCCACACGCUUGCCCUGGUUGGUCCUGUCUUUAGGCAGAUGUGGUCAGUAUUCUGUUCCCCAGGCAUACAGCAUCAUAUAUUAAAGCCACAGCAGAAGAGGAAUGUCGCCCACUGAGGCCACCCAGAUGCAGAGUCUAGGAUUCCUUGCCCACUGGCCUUUUGGAAAUGAAGCACCACUGGCCUGAAUAAUUAGCCUUUUCCAGAUCUUCAGUAUCUUCCACAACUACUGCCAUACCCUGUGUUGUAUCAUUUGACCAGGAGGGAAACCUUGAAUUGGGGUGUGUUCUCUAAUCACUUUCCACUGUCUGAGCUUUCCUGACCCCUGUAUUGUAUCCUUGCUCCCAGGGCUCCCUUCAUGGCUUGUGAACUGUUAACUUGGUAUCUCAGGUUAAACUGUCAGCUGGUCUAGCCUGAGCGAGGCCUGAGACCAUCAGUCACUAAGAGCAGUGGCUAACCUCAUCGAAGUUGGAAGGAAUGUUUUUAAAAUUACCUCUUCGAGCCUGAAUACAAAGAAUAAAAGAAUAAAAGAAUUCUUUUAAUUUCAGGGAAGAUCAGAAAAGAAAGCCUAAAGCCCUUUAGCGUUGUGAACCUCAGUAGUAGCUGAAAGAGAAGCUGCCACAGGUUGUACUUGCUCUGUGAGAUGUUGUAGACAUUCCGUAAGAGAAUCCAGAAUGAUAGCAGGAUCAGGAAAGAAAUGGAGCCAAAUCUGCUCUAAGGUGAAUAGAGACUUAUUUUUCUUUAUUAAAGUAUUCUUGUAAGACAGUUUUCUGUGUCAAGUAUUUGUGAAAUCAGAGCUGACAUGUAAGCUAUUCUUGUAAUAUCUCAUUAUUUUGAAAGAUUUAUAUAAUGAACUCUGGCUAUCUGACAAUAAAAUGGAUGAAAAAGCAAGCAGCUGUUGACGUUGACUCUGUCCCCCAUGAAGCCUCCUGCCGCAUGGAGGCUGGAUCAGUGCCAGCAUUCACACCUGCCUUCCUCCCAGAAGCUGUGAGGUAGCUCACCAGGCCCUGGGCCGUUCUGUCUUGCACAGGGGAUUCUGUGUUCAGCUUCUCUUUCCUUUUUAGCGUGGUUUGUAUCCUUCCGAAUGAACUCGCUUUUGAAUCUUC